CCGCUCUGUCACUCUAUGGCCGGAAGUCUUCCGGGCAUGCGGAAGCGGAAGUUUAGGUGGUCGGCGACCCGGGUUGUUUGCUGCUGCCUCAGGCCAGCCUCGGAAAGGAGCCGGUGCCGCUGGACUGGGCAGAGUGGGGCGGGACAGGACGGGAGCGGAGCGGAGCGUGUCAGCUGCUCACUGGAGCGGCAGCCACAGCUGCUCCCGCCCCCCCGAGCUCCGUCGGUGUUGCGGGCGGAGCGUGAGUCCAGCUCCGGGAUGAGCAGGAGGAGAAAAGGCGGCGGCGGCGGCGGUUGUGCCGCAGUUGCGCGCCCUGUGACAGGGGUUAAUUCCAAAAUGGAAGUUCUGAUUGCACUGUGCCUGUUUUUCUCCUUGGUAAAGGCAGAUUCUAAAGCAAUUACAACAUCUCUUACUACAAAAUGGUUUUCUACUCCAUUAUUGAUAGAAACAAGUGAAUUUUUAGCAGAAGACAGUCAAGAGAAAUUUUGGAACUUUGUAGAAGCCAGUGAAAAUAUUGGAUCAACAGAUCAUGAUGAUACUGAUUAUUCUUAUUAUCAUGAACUAUUGAAGACAGCAUUUCAUUUUCUGUCACCUCUUCAGCAGAACUUGUUGAAAUUUUCUCUGUCUCUUCGCUCCUACUCAGCUACAGUUCAAGCCUUCCAACAGAUAGCAGCUGAUGAACCUCCACCAAAAGGUUGUCACUCAUUCUUUUCAGUGCAUGGAGAGAAAACUUGUGAUUUUGACACACUUGGAGCACUUUUACAAACAGCAUCUAAAAGACCCAAACCAAAUUUGUUCAAAGGGGAUCACAGAUAUCCAUCUUUAAAUCCUGGAAGUCCGGUGGUGAUAUUCUACUCAGAGAUUGGUUCUAAAGAAUUUUAUAAUUUCCACCAUCAACUUGUAGCAAAAAGCAGUGCAGGGAAAAUAAAUUAUGUGCUCAGACACUAUAUAUCAAAUCCUAGUAAGGAAAAAGUCUACCUUUCGGGGUAUGGUGUGGAAUUGGCUAUCAAGAGCACAGAAUACAAAGCCAAGGAUGAUACUCAGGUGAAAGGAACUGACAUGAAUGCUACAGUAAUAGGUGAAAAUGACCCUAUUGAUGAAGUUCAAGGAUUUCUUUUUGGAAGACUAAGAGAACUCCAUCCUGAUAUGAAGGAACAGUUAAAAGAACUCCGGAAGCAUCUUGUGGAAAGUACCAAUGAAAUGGCACCUCUGAAAGUUUGGCAAUUGCAGGAUCUAAGUUUCCAGACUGCUGCCCGAGUCCUGGCUGCACCUCUUGAGGUAGCUUUGGUGGUUCUAAAGGAUCUCAGUCAGAAUUUUCCUACCAAAGCUAGAGCAAUAACAAAAACCACCGUUAAUCAAGAACUCAGAACUGAAGUGGAAGAGAACCAAAAGUACUUCAAAGGAACUUUAGGAUUACAGCCUGGAGAAUCUGCCCUGUUCAUCAAUGGAUUACACAUUGAUUUAGAUACACAGGACAUAUUUAGCUUGUUUGAUGUGUUGAGGAAUGAGGCUCGUGUGAUGGAGGGACUGCACAGACUAGGAAUAGAAGACUUAUCUCUGCAUAAUAUUUUGAAACUUAACAUCCAGCCAUCAGAUGCAGACUAUGCUGUGGAUAUCAGAAGCCCGGCUAUUUCUUGGAUCAACAACCUUGAAGUUGAUAGUAGGUAUAGUUCUUGGCCUUCCAGUCUACAGGAGCUACUUAGACCUACCUUCCCUGGAGUUAUCAGACAAAUCAGAAAAAACUUCCAUAAUUUUAUUAUCAUAGUUGAUCCAGCUCAUGAAACUGCAGUAGAAUUGGUAAAUGUAGCUGAAAUGUUCCUCAGUAAUCAUAUACCACUAAGAAUUGGUUUAAUCUUUGUGGUUAAUGACUCUGAAGAUGUUGAUGGAUUGCAAGAUGCUGGAGUGGCUGUUCUUAGAGCGUAUAAUUAUGUUGCACAAGAUAUGGAUGAUUAUCAUGCCUUCCAGACUUUGAUAUCGAUUUAUAACAAGGUAAAAACUGGAGAAAAGGUGAAAGUUGAACAUGUUGUCAGUGUUCUGCAGAAGAAAUAUCCAUAUGUGGAAAUGAAUAGUAUUUUGGGGAUUGACUCUGCCUUUGAUCAAAAUCGGAAGGAAGGAAGAGCUUACUAUGAGCAGACAGGGGUAGGUCCUCUGCCAGUUGUACUGUUUAAUGGCAUGCCGUAUGAAAAGGAUCAGUUGGAUGCAGAUGAACUGGAAACAAUUACAAUGCAUAAAAUCUUGGAGACCACAAGCAUCUUCCAAAGAGCUGUGUACUUGGGUGAACUGUCUCAUGAUCAAGAUGUGGUUGAAUAUGUCAUGAACCAGCCCAAUGUUGUUCCACGAAUCAACUCUAGAAUUUUGACAGCUGACCGGCAGUAUUUAGAUUUAACAGCAACCAAUAACUUUUUUGUGGACGAUUAUGCUAGAUUUUCUCUUUUGGAUUCACAGGAUAAGACUGCAGCUGUAGCCAAUAGUAUGACCUAUUUGACAAAGAAAGGAAUGUCUUCCAAGGAGAUCUAUGAUGAUUCUUUUAUUAGACCUGUAACCUUUUGGAUUGUUGGGGAUUUUGAUCGUCCUUCUGGAAGACAAUUAUUAUAUGAUGCUAUCAAGCACCAGAAGUCUAGUAACAAUAUUCGAAUUAGCAUGAUCAAUAAUCCUAGUAAAGAACCACGUUUUGAGAACACUCGAAUCUCCAGAGCUCUCUGGGCAGCUCUCCAAACACAAACAUCUAGCAGUGCUAAGAAUUUCAUUACUAAAAUGGUCAAGGAAGAGACUGCAGAAGCCCUGGCAACAGGAGCUGACAUUACAGAGUUUGCUGUUGGGGGUAUGGAUGUCGGCCUUUUUAAAGAUGCCUUUGAUUCUUCCAAAGCAGAUUUUAUUUUGUCUCAUGCUCUAUACUGUACGGAAGUUCUGAAGCUAAAGAAGGGAGAAAGGGCUGUGAUCAGCAAUGGACGGAUUAUUGGGCCACUGAAGGAUGGUGAACUUUUUAAUCAAGAUGAUUUCCACUUAUUAGAAAAUAUAAUUCUAAAGACCUCGGGGCAGAAAAUCAAAUCUCAUAUUCAACAGCUCCGGGUAGAGGAAGAUGUGGCAAGUGACUUGGUGAUGAAAGUGGAUGCUCUCCUCUCUGCCCAACCUAAAGGAGAAGCAAGAAUUGACUACCAGUUUUUUGAAGACCAACACAGUGCUGUUAAACUGAAACCAAAGGAAAAAGAGACAUAUUUUGAUAUAGUGGCCAUUGUUGACCCUGUAACCAGAGAUGCUCAAAGGCUUGCUCCACUCCUUAUGGUUUUGACCCAGCUGAUAAAUAUGAAUCUAAGAGUAUUUAUGAAUUGCCAAUCUAAACUUUCAGACAUGCCUUUAAAGAGCUUUUACCGUUAUGUUUUAGAACCAGAGAUUUCUUUCACUGCAGACAACAGCUUUGCCAAAGGUCCAAUAGCCAAAUUUUUGGAUAUGCCUCAGGCUCCUCUGUUUACAUUGAAUUUAAAUACACCGGAGAGUUGGAUGGUAGAAUCUGUCAGAACACCCUAUGACCUUGAUAAUAUUUAUUUAGAAGAGGUGGAUAGCAUAGUAGCUGCAGAGUAUGAGCUUGAGUAUCUUUUAUUAGAAGGACACUGCUAUGACAUCACAACUGGACAGCCUCCUCGAGGGCUCCAGUUUACACUGGGAACAUCAGCAAACCCAGUUAUUGUUGAUACCAUAGUAAUGGCUAAUCUGGGCUAUUUUCAGUUAAAAGCCAAUCCAGGAGCCUGGAUUCUCAGACUCAGAAAGGGCCGGUCUGAAGAUAUUUACAGAAUCUAUAGCCAUGAUGGUACAGACUCUCCCCCUGAUGCUGAUGAAGUUGUGGUUGUUCUCAACAACUUUAAGAGUAAAAUUAUCAAAGUCAAGGUUCAGAAGAAGGCAGACAUGAUGAAUGAAGAUUUACUAAGUGAUGGAAAUCAUGAAAAUGAGUCUGGAUUUUGGGAGUCCCUUAAGUGGGGUUUUACUGGGGGUCAGAAGACUGAAGAAGUGAAACCCGAUAAAGAUGAUGUAAUUAAUAUUUUCUCAGUAGCAUCUGGACAUCUAUAUGAAAGAUUUCUUCGCAUAAUGAUGCUCUCAGUUCUGAAAAAUACUAAGACGCCUGUGAAAUUCUGGUUUUUGAAGAAUUACUUGUCACCUACAUUCAAGGAAUUUAUCCCAUACAUGGCAAAGGAAUAUAAUUUUCAGUAUGAGCUUGUUCAAUAUAAAUGGCCUCGGUGGCUUCAUCAGCAGACUGAAAAGCAGCGCAUCAUUUGGGGUUACAAGAUUCUCUUUCUGGAUGUACUUUUUCCACUAGUUGUUGACAAAUUUCUGUUUGUGGAUGCUGAUCAGAUUGUUCGGACAGAUCUGAAGGAAUUAAGAGAUUUCAAUUUGGAUGGUGCCCCUUAUGGAUAUACUCCAUUUUGUGAUAGCCGCAAAGAAAUGAAUGGGUACAGGUUCUGGAAAUCAGGCUAUUGGGCCAGCCAUUUAUCAGGACGAAAAUACCAUAUCAGUGCACUCUAUGUUGUGGAUCUGAAGAAGUUUAGGAAGAUAGCUGCUGGAGACAGACUCAGAGGACAGUAUCAAGGUCUGAGUCAGGAUCCCAACAGUCUUUCAAAUCUUGAUCAGGAUUUGCCCAAUAAUAUGAUACACCAGGUGCCAAUUAAGUCACUCCCACAAGAAUGGCUUUGGUGUGAAACAUGGUGUGAUGAUGCCUCCAAGAAAAAAGCAAAAACAAUUGAUUUGUGUAAUAAUCCAAUGACCAAAGAGCCAAAGCUGCAGGCAGCCGUCCGCAUUGUCCCAGAGUGGCAGGACUAUGAUCUCGAAAUCAAACAGUUACAGGGUCGUUUCCAGAAAGAAAAGGAAAUGGGAAUUAGGCAUCCAGAGAAUGAGACAAAAGAACCAAGCAUAAUAGAAGAGCUUCCAGCACACGUAGAAUUAUGAUCCCUGAAGGAAGAUAUGAAGUGAUACUGUGUGAAAGACAAUUUUUAUAUUAAAUGCUAGGUUUUUUUUCUGGUAUCUCUACACAACUGCUGAUAAAUUGGAUAGGAGAAUGUUUCCAAGCCUUUUAAAUCCUGGAAUUUUGGGUUGCUGUAUCCAAAUGAAUGAUUUGGCUCCAGAUCAUUGGAAUUAAGAUUAUACUGGAUUUAUACUGUUGCAGAAUAGCUGAUUAUAGAUUCUAGAGUUUUGGAGAGUGAAUCUUCCGGGGGGUUCUUCCAGAAGCAGUUCACAGAGGAAUACAGCAACAGACAAGCAGAACACAUGUUCUUUGGAACCCACAUCACCUCAGUCAAGAGCACACCCACGAUAUCUGGUCACGGGGAGCAGGACAUCCAAAGUGCACGAGUUCUUACCUCAGUUUUUGUUUGUUGCUGGAGCUAAGCUCUACAAACUGUACUGUAAAGUAGAACUGUGCCCUGAAUUGGUUUUCUUUUGUAAGAAUGGUAUUCACAUGAUCUUUGUGGUUUGAGGUUUAGAGUAAUUUGUUCCCUGUUUCUGGAUGGCAGAUAUAUUGUAUAAUGAAGACCUCACUCACAGAUCAUCUGUUUCCUCAGGACUGGCUCAACACAAAAGCUGAAUUCAAUUGGAAACUACCCAGGAUUUUGGAGGGUGGUUUGGGAUUGGGUGGCGUACACUUGCAAAUUGGUCACCCUCUCUUAUGACCUGAUAGUACCACAGUGUCUUUUUAAAAAUAAAAAUGUUGUUGUCCCAUCCCCCAAUACUGUAAACCUUUUGGUUCAUUGUUUCAUAAAUUUAAUUUUUAUAGUUUUUUAAAUUUAAUUUUGAGGGGCAGAGGAAAAAGCAAAUCUCAUAGUUGACAUAUUUAAUAAAAACUAAGGUACAUAAAAUCAUCAUAAUUAUAUACCAGAUUAUUGUAAGGUAAUUGUGAAGAUCAUCUUGACUUCUCAGUAGGAUUUUAUUUAAAUAGACUGAGUAGUGAUAACCAUGUUUUUGUCAAAGAUUCAUUUCAAAAUCUCAGUACUUGUUACCCAAGAGCUUCAUUUUUGUAGUUGUCAUCCCUUUGCACAUUGUCCUCUAUUUCUUUUCAUUUAUUGUUUUUUUUUUUUGCUCUGCAGAUGUUACUUGAGAAGUUAAAGACUUUGAAUCCACAUAGCUAUGUUAUCAGAUGAAAGAAUCCUAAACAUGGCCAGUCAAGCAUAUGCCUUCUAUGUCUUAAUUUUUAUACAGCCUUUAAUUACUCUGGUGUUUUUUUCCCACAUAGAUGAAUCUCUCCUUAGACUGACCGUAGGUCUGUGGACAAAUAUACCUUGUGUGUGGCAAGACAGCAUGAAUAAUUGGGUACCCAGCAAGCCAGCUUUUAAGCUUUCUGGCUCUUUGUGUGAAUCUCACUGGGCUUUAUGCAAACAUGAUACUGUCAUGCAUAUUGCUUAUUCUAAGAGAGGUAGGAAUCCUCAAAUUUACUGUUAAAAGCACAGCAAAGUCUUAUAUUUUCAUAUUUCACUUGCUUAAAAAAGGUUUUUAAAUUUUUAAAAAAUUUUCUAAAAUGGAAAACUUAUCUCAAAGCUGAUUCUGAUUUUUAUUCAUAUAUUCAUUUGAAAUCUUUCUAAAAAGCAAAAAUCCACCAAGCAUAUAUUUUAUAGAAAUUUGAGAAAUUGAUGAAAUAGUUCAUUACUUACUGCUGAGAAGUAAAAAUUAGAUUAAGGAUCUGCACCAUCAAAAUGAAUUUAGCCAUUACCAUUUAAUUUUCAAAAUAACUGUUAAGUGACCUGUAGUUACAGAUGUUCUGUUUUGCUUACAUCAUUUCCUCCCUUUACCCCUAAAAAUACAAAGGAGCAGGAGAGAAUUUGAUGACUUCAACCCUGAUUAAACAAAACCAGGUCUGAGAGACUUUUGCCACUAGCAGUUGCUGCAACCUAACUCUCCACCCUGGAGGAUUUAAGUUGAAGGAUUAUGAACAGUAAUGAUUAAGCAUUCUUAUCCUGAACUAGCAGGAUUGUCUGUACCUCAGUUAACUUUUAUUUAGCCUUCAGAUGUUAUCUACUCUAUCGGGGGAAAAUAUGUGCAAAACACAUGUACCAUAGCUCCUUUAAAAUUUGGUAUGGCAGUAGGAAAUAAUCAAGUAAACUUAUUAAUUUUUUUUAGACAUCUUUAUUGUAAUGAUGUUUUUUUGAGAGCAUUUAUAUGUGAAGAUUAUUUACUAGUGCCAGGUUUCAUCUUUUUCACUUGUCUUCCAGCCAAGUUUUUUUGUUGAUAGAACUGCUUCUCAUAAAGAGAUUGAAGUACAAAUCUUCAUUUAGAGCAAAUGCAUCCUUAUCACCUAGAUAAUCUAGAUAAUCCGUCUUGUUAUAAAAAAAGAUUGUAAUAAUUUACCUAAUAUACAGGAAGGUGCCUUGGAAAUGGUUUUGUUCUUCCCAACCAAUCAUUCUUUUUUCUGGCUAGCACAGUUUAAAUUGAUUAAUAUUCAAUGCCUCAGAAAAUGUACUAUUACUUGAACAAUGGGGCAAAGUGACUUUGCCACCAAAAAAAAAAAAAGUAUGGAAGGAUGGUUAGAAAAUCAGUUUAGAAAUUGAGAUUGAUUGCUCUGAAUCUCAAUCAACUUAGGGAAAUACUGUUAGAUCUGACUAGUGACAGAAAUGUUCAACAGCUGCUUUUGAAAAAAAGGAAAAACUAACAUUUGUGUGGAAUUGAUUUUUUUUUUUUUUGUAUUAUACCAUAUGCAGAAAAUUUUCUUUCCAAAAUAGUCCUGGAGAGAAAUUAUUUGAACUUAUAACUAUCUUAUGUUCUAUGAACAGUGGUAUUUAUUUGACUGAGAUCUGAAAACUCUGCAUACAGCCUAUCUGUGGGAUAAGUGUGGCGCAUAUCAUAUUUAUGCAUAAUAUAGACUUAAGUUUGAGCUAUUACUUUCCCCUUUCAUCAAAACUAAAUAAGUUGUUUAUUCUUGGUAAUGGUAAAGUUUUGAAAUGUAAUUAAAUAGUACAUUUUAAAUCAAAAAAGGGUCAUAUACGUAGAGCAGGCACUAUUUAUCUGAUGUGCAACACACAACAAUACUGUUGCCUUUUCUUAGCCCAGGCUAGAAUACUUUUCACUAUCUAUUCAUCAGCAUGCUAAGGCAAAGCAAACUCUAUAGUCCUAGUUUGAUAGGCAAUAUGGUGUGAUGGAAAGAGCACUGGAUUUGGAGUCAGAGACCUGGGUUCAGAAUCCUCCCCACCCAUCCCACCCCUUUUCGGCUACUUUUACUAUCUUUGUAACUUUGGGCAAGUCAUUUAACCUGUCUAUAUUUGUUUCCUUAUCAGUAACUAGAUUGAUUUUGAACAACUUUUGCUUAUAGAAGGAGUCCCCUAGGAAACCAGGGGAAGAUGGCAAUAAUCAAGGAUACCAUUUUUCAUAAAUCUUAAAAUAUGAAUAUGAAUUGUCAUUAGCAUUAUUAAUGUACAAAUGUAGUUCUGUGAGGAAGUGGACUAAGUCUCACAAUUUAAACAAUGAUGAUAGUUUGAUUUGAGGAUGAUAGUUGGCAUAUUCCAAAUGAUGCUACUGGUUGCAACAAUGUAUUUGAAAAGUCUGCUGGACACUUUUCUGUCUCUGUAUUUUAACACAGCCUUUUCACCUACAUCCAUUUCUAUUUCAGAUCUUUCAGAUUAAAACUGAAGUGUGGCUUUAGGAACAUGUGGCAUAUUUUGUUUGGGUAAUAUAUUAGCAACAUACUAUUUGUUAAGUGGAAAAUAGUUGCAAAAAACACUUGGUUAGUAGUCCUGAGCCACUUUUAAAUAUUGAUUGGUGUGGUCAUUUUAUCAUUUGGGUGAUUAGUUUUUUAAAGUCCUAGAUUCUUGUGGAACUACUUUAUGCAAACUUUGGAGUAACAGUUUAUAAAUUACUUGAUGGAAAAAGGCAGUCCAAACUAUCAAAGUAGCUGAUGAUUUCUUUAGUCUGACAAGGAUAUUUUUAAUUUCAGUCUGUGCUUCUUAACUUGACAUGUUUGGGGGGAUAAAUUCCUUGCCAGAAUGUGUGUAAUGCCAGUAUCUGGUAUAUGUUAAAGCAAAUAGACCAUAUUCUGUCAAAUAUCAUUUGGAUUUCAAAACACUGUGCAUCUUUUGGGAUUCAGAAUUCAUUUGGAUAUUUUUUCUGGUGUUGAUUCUUUGAAUUCUAUAGUUUAUAUAAUCAUGUUUGGAAAAGAAAAGUUUAGGAUUAUACUCUGUGGUGAUAGUGCUUGUAAUUUCCUUAAAACUGUAGGGAAGGAACAGUCUCUCAGGAUUUCAUCAAGUGUUUUUCUAUUUGGAUUGUGCCUUUUAAUGGAAAGUCCCCUAGGAAACCUAGAUCCACAAAAUAUUUUUCACUGUUUAAACUACCUUUUAUCAAUAAUGAUUUUUCAGACAAUAAUCUGAAGGUAAUCCAAUUGUCAGUAUUUUAUAGAAAAAGUUGGUUGCUUCUUGGUGAUACGUUAUCACUGGGCUUUUUUUUUUUUUUUUAAGCUUUGAUUUGUUUAACUUUACGACCAAACUCAACAGUGUAGAGGCUAAGGGUAGGAACAAAUUGAUUUGUAACAUGAAAUUCACACCCCUCUUCUACCUAUCAUAAAUAAUAAUACUGGCUUAGCUAUUUUAGAACAUUCCAGAUGGUUUUUUAACAUUUACUAAUUGGAAAUCCAAGUUUAAUAUAUGCUUUGCCUUGCUUCUCACCAUCUGAGUUUCCUGAGAUAAGGGUAUGAUUCCCUCCAAAAAGAAAAAUUAGGCACAAAGUGAACAAAAUUCACUAGAAGUUGACAGUUAAGUGUUUGGAGGAAGCAGAAGAUUCUCAAGAAGAUUUACUUUCAGCUACUGGAAUCUGGUAAUGAAGGGGCAAACAUGUACAAAGGGAAAAAAAAAAGAUGUUAGAAUUUUAAAGAAACUAUGUACUUUUUUAAUCUUUAUAAAUAUUCUAUUUUACUGUGAUUCUGUUAAUGCAAUGCAAUGCGGAGUUCAGGUGCUGACACUUGCUUGGGAGCAAGCUUUGGGAUUUUAAAUGUCUGCUGGAACUCUGCAAUCAGAAGUGAAUUGAAAAUGAAUUUCCUCAUACUGUAAUGCAAAUGAGGCUCACUCAACACAAUAAACUGUUUCCUCCCUUCUUUAAAA